AUGCCUCGAUUCAAUCGUCUCUCUGUAUUAUUGCCAAUUUUAAUAUUUACAUUUUGGUUUCUAUGUCUAAAAAGUUCUGAAAAAGUUGAAGAACCUUCACUGCUAGCCGACGAAGCUCCCAAGCAAAACUGCACAAAAAAUGGGUGGCUGGGAGGCUCAACCGCCCCCGAAACUCAAGACUUUGGCUCGGAAUUCAUGAUUUCGUUCGCAAAUAUUCAGAAGAACUACACCUGGCUCUACCUUCCCACAAUCGAGGAGACAUCCAAAGAAACGGAUAUUCUAAUGAUAGUCGCCUCGAGGACAGAUAGCUAUGCCCGGAGGAAUAUCAUGCGGCAGACCUGGAUGAAUAAGUCCAACAGUGAGAUUGUAGCGAAUGGGAGGAUGAAAUCAUUGUUCCUGGUGGGACUAGCGCCUGCUGACUAUAAAGUGAAGAAGAUGGUCAUGCAGGAGGCUAAACUCUAUGGGGAUAUAAUUAUAGUUGAUAUGGAUGACACUUAUGAAGAGCUGAUCUAUAAGUCCCUGAUGAUAUUUCUCUUCGGAGUCAGCAAAGCUCCACAAUACAAAAUAAUCGGGAAAAUCGACGAGGACAUCAUGUUCUUCCCGGAUAAGCUUAUGGCUCUCUACGAGCAAGGUAUCAUAGAUUCCACCCCAGUGAGCCUUUACGGACUAGUUAUCCCAGCCGGGCGGGACAUAUUCCGUGAUAAGACCAAUCGGUGGUAUGUCCCUGAAUCUGCCUACUCUUGCUCUCAAUACCCUGCUUAUCUUUCUGGCAUGUACUAUAUGGCUACGCGGGAGGCUGCUCAGAUGCUCUUAAAGUCAACUAAGCACCGAGAUUUUAUUCAGGUAGAAGACGUUUUGCUCACAGGAAUUCUUGCGGAAGAUCUGGGAAUCCCGAUAAGGGACAUGCCGAAGCUCUACAAAUUCCCACAUGACAUAAAGAAAAACGACAACAAGGACAUUAUUGCAUGGCACAACUACAAGAAUAAUAUCCCAUACUUGAACUUUUUCAUGAAAGGAUUGGCCAGAUAUCGAUCUGAGAAGGGUUUGACGAGGACUUCGACGACUUCUGGAUAG